AUGAGCAGUAACGGAACAGACUUCACCACCGGCUACAUCUCCUCUGCUAUAGCAGUUCUCUUGUUUGGCUCCAACUUUAUACCACUGAAAAAAUAUGACACGGGUGAUGGGAUGUUCCUUCAGUGGGUGCUCUGUGCUGCCAUUUGGUUGGUUGCCUUGGUGAUCAACUUGAUACUACACUGCCCUAAAUUCUGGCCUUUUGCGAUGCUCGGUGGCUGCAUUUGGGCAACAGGGAACAUUGCUGUCGUCCCAAUUAUCAAAACCAUCGGUUUAGGACUUGGGAUCCUCAUCUGGGGAUCAUUUAAUACCUUAACUGGCUGGGCAAGCUCAAGGUUUGGCUGGUUUGGGAUGGAUGUGGAAGAAGUGUCAAACCCCAUGCUGAAUUACUUUGGAGCUGGGCUGUCAGUAGUAAGUGUCUUCACAUUUUUGUUCAUCAAAAGUGAAACUAAUACUCCAUGCAAUGUCGACAACACACCACUGAUGACAGAACCUGUGAUCAACACAACUGAAGACUUCCGUGCCGAGUCCACCUGGAUGGACAGACUUUCUACCAAGUACUCUCGCAUUGUGGGCUGCAGCCUUGCAGUGAUAUCUGGAAUCCUCUAUGGAUCUACAUUUGUGCCAAUCAUUUACAUUAAGGACCACAGCAAGAGAAAUGAGAGCAUAUACGCAGGCGCUAGUCAGUAUGAUUUAGACUAUGUUUUUGCACACUCCAGUGGCAUCUUUCUUACAAGUACUGUCUACUUUAUGGUCUAUUGUGUAGCCAUGAAAAAUAGGCCGAGGCUGUAUCCAGAGGCAGUCUUACCAGGCUUCCUGUCAGGGGUGCUGUGGGCCAUCGCCACCUGCUGCUGGUUCAUAGCCAACCACUCGCUGAGCGCCGUGAUCAGCUUCCCAAUCAUCACAGCUGGUCCUGGACUUAUCGCUGCGCUGUGGGGUAUCUUCAUUUUCAAGGAAAUACAGGGUCUCCGAAACUACUUACUGAUGUUUCUUGCCUUCUGUAUCAUCUUGACUGGGGUCCUGUGCACGGCUUUUUCCAAAAUCUAG